AUGGAAAAGGACACUAAUCCCAACAUAUAUGAACUGCCAAAAGCUACGAGUAUUUUGGAACAUCCUAAAUUUGAUAAAGGGAAACCGACGGUUAUUUAUAUUCACGGAUUUCUAGGAAAACUUUCAGCGGAUGACGUAAAAGCAGUUGUUGCGGCUUAUGCGGCCCGCAAUGAUCAUAAUAUUCUCGUAUUAGAUUGGCAUUCUCAAGCCGUACCAGGAUAUUUUUUGCAUGCCGUAAAGAACGUUUACAAGGUUGGUGCUCAAGCAGCUGGUGCUAUAUUGGACAUGAUCGAUAAAGGCCUCAAUGUUAAACAUUUGCAUAUUGUUGGCCAUUCAUUAGGUGGUCAAAUGGCAGGGGUGAUUGGACGCACAGUUUAUAAGGAAUCCAAUGAAACCAUCAAACUGCCACGUUUAUCUGCUUUGGAUCCUGCUUAUCCCGGCUUCUAUGGUUACACGAAUGCAGCGCAUUUGAGCCGCGAUGAUGCAGAACUAGUUGAUGUUUUGCAUACAGACAGCGGGGUUUAUGGUGCCCCCAUGUCAACCGGUACUGUUGAUUUUUGGCCAAACAAUAAAAAUGACCAACAACCUGGGUGUUUUGUCAAAUAA